GAGGAGAUGGAGGAACGUCCCCGAGUGGUGGACUUUAUCAGCAGCUUCUCGGACUACAGGAACACGAUACCGGCGCCAGCGGAUCCGGACGCGAAGCCAGCUGCUCAGCCGGGCGGCGCUCGCAUGGGCACCCUCAUCGGUGUCUUCUUACCAUGCAUCCAGAACAUCUUCGGUGUGAUACUUUUCAUCCGAUUGACAUGGGUCGUCGGCACGGCUGGUGCCAUUCAAGGAUUCUUCAUCGUGUUCACCUGUUGCUGCGUCACGAUGCUGACGGCGAUAAGCAUGAGUGCCAUCGCGACGAACGGCGUCGUGCCGGCAGGUGGCUCGUAUUUCAUGAUAUCCCGCAGUCUGGGCCCGGAGUUCGGCGGUGCCGUGGGGAUGUUAUUCUACACCGGCACCACCCUUGCUGCCGCCAUGUACAUCAUCGGUGCCGUCGAAAUCGUUCUGACCUACAUGGCGCCUUGGGCGAGCAUAUUCGGCGAUUUCACCAAGGACCAGAACAUCAUGUUCAAUAACUUUCGAGUGUACGGCACAUGCCUGCUGGCGGUCAUGGGACUCAUCGUUUACGUGGGCGUCAAGUUUGUCAACAAGUUCGCUGCGGUGGCCCUCGCUUGCGUCAUCUUCUCCAUCAUCGCCGUCUACGUGGGCCUUUUCUACAACAUCAACGGCAACGAGAAGCUCAAGAUGUGCGUGCUUGGCAAAAGGCUGCUGAAGGACAUUGCCGCGGUCAACAUGACGAAAGACUGCUUCAAGGGUUCCGAUUUCAUGAUCAGGACGUACUGCAACAACACCAGUGUCUGCGAUGGUUAUUACGCUACUAACAACGUGAGCAUCGUCAACGGCAUCAAGGGACUCGCGAGCGGUGUCUUCUUUGAAAACCUGCUGGGCAAUUUCCAAGAAGAAGGCAAGUACAUAUCCUACGGUCACGAUCCAAAGGAUAUCGACUACAUGGGCGGCAGUACCUACAACCAAAUCCAGGUCGAUCUGACGACGACCUUCACCAUCCUCAUCGGUAUCUUCUUCCCGUCGGUCACCGGUAUCAUGGCUGGUUCGAACAGGUCGGGAGACCUGGCCGACGCGCAAAAGUCCAUCCCCAUAGGCACGAUUUGCGCCAUUCUGACCACCUCGACGGUCUACCUGUCGAGCGUACUGCUGUUCGCCGGUACGGUCGACACGCUGCUGCUUCGCGACAAGUUCGGCCAGAGCAUCGGCGGUCGCCUGGUGGUCGCCAACAUCGCCUGGCCCAACGAGUGGGUGAUUCUGGUCGGCUCGUUCCUGUCGACCCUCGGCGCCGGCCUGCAGUCGCUCACCGGCGCGCCCCGACUGCUGCAGGCCAUCGCCAAGGACGAGAUCAUCCCGUUUCUGCGGCCCUUCGCCGUGAGCUCGAGCAGGGGCGAGCCUACCCGCGCCCUCAUCCUCACGGUGUGCAUUUGCCAGUGCGGCAUACUUCUCGGCAACGUCGACUACCUGGCGCCCCUGCUCUCCAUGUUCUUUCUCAUGUGCUAUGGCUUCGUCAACCUGGCCUGCGCCGUGCAAACCCUGCUGCGCACCCCCAACUGGCGCCCGCGCUUCAAGUUCUACCAUUGGAGCCUGUCGUGCCUCGGCCUGGGACUCUGCAUCGCCGUCAUGUUCAUGACCAGCUGGUACUACGCGCUGGUCGCCAUGGGCAUGGCCGGCAUGAUCUACAAGUACAUCGAGUACCGCGGCGCCGAGAAGGAGUGGGGCGACGGGAUCCGUGGGCUGGCGCUGUCGGCCGCGCGCUACUCGCUGCUGCGCCUCGAGGAGGGCCCGCCCCACACCAAGAACUGGCGCCCCCAGAUCCUCGUGCUCGCCAAGCUCACCGACGACCUCGUGCCCAAGUACCGCAAGCUCUUCGCCUUCGUCACUCAGCUCAAGGCCAGCAAGGGCCUGACGAUCGCGGUGGGCUGCAUCCAGGGCGACUACACGCGCAGAUCCGGCGACGCGGCCGCGGCCAAGCAGGCGCUGCGACGGAUCAUGGAGGAGGAGAAGGUGAAGGGCUUCGUGGACGUGGUGGUGUCCCGCAGCGUGAUCGACGGCCUGAGCACGCUCGUGCAGAUGACGGGCCUCGGCGGCAUGAAGCCCAACUGCGUGAUCCUGGGCUGGCCGUACAGCUGGCGCCAGGCCGACAGCGAGCGCACCUGGCGCGUCUUCCUCAACACCAUGCGCUGUGUGACCGCCGCCAAGAUGGCCCUCAUCGUGCCCAAAGGCAUCAACUUCUUCCCCGACUCUACCGAGAAGGUCUCCGGCGACAUUCACGUCUGGUGGAUCGUGCACGACGGUGGUCUCCUCAUGCUCCUACCCUUCCUCCUUAAGCAGCACCGCACCUGGAAGAACUGCAAGAUGAAGAUCUACACCGUCGCCCAAAUCGAGGACAACUCCAUUCAGAUGAAGAAAGACCUCAAAAAGUUCCUCUAUGAUCUCAGGAUCGAGGCCGAAGUCGAGGUUGUCGAAAUGAACGACUCGGACAUAUCCGCCUAUGUUUACGAGAGGACGCUGAUGAUGGAGCAAAGAAAUCAAAUGCUUCGGGAAAUGCAUUUGAACAAGAAGGAAAAUAGCCUGAAUGCGGACUUCAACGAGGUACCAGACGAGGAUUAUUUGCCUCCGGUUCAGGCUAUCGUCGAUCAUCAUCAUUCAAACAUGGAGCCCAAGCAGACGAAGGUGCGCUUCCAAGAGCCAAGUGCACCUACAACCGAGGACACAACCGAGGACACGAACAAGAAGAGCGAGGAAAGCUCGGAGACAGCGGUGGAUGGGUCGCCUAAGCCCAACAACAAGGAGGCUACUGAAAAGGAUGCUGCAGCUGCGGAUAACGAGGAGAAUCCACAGGACGAUAACAACAAGGAAACGGAGGACGAGCAUCCGGAGCCCCGCACACCCGGGGAGGACAACAUAAGGCGAAUGCAUACGGCAAUCAAACUGAACGAGGUGAUCGUUAACAAAAGCCACGAUGCACAGCUGGUUAUUCUCAAUCUGCCUGGUCCGCCGAAAGACACGAACAUCGAACGCGAAUCAAAUUAUAUGGAGUUCUUGGAGGUGCUAACGGAAGGCCUGGAGAAAAUUCUGAUAGUACGGGGUGGAGGCCGAGAAGUGAUCACCAUGUACUCGUGAAGUGGAGAAGGGGCAAUUGCUCGAUCACCCACGACAACUGUCUUACUUUUAAUGCAUUUAAUUGACUACAUUUUAUCUUCAACUACGGCGACUACGCGCCAGAACCUUUCCAGUUUCCAUGAUCACGAGCAUCUUUAUUACGACAUUGCACCGGUACCCGCUCCAAUCGCGGCAUAAGUUUCACUCAAUAAUAUGAACAAGCAGAUAACACAAUAAAAUACAAGACCAUGAGAAAAUAAUUGAGAAAAACAAGAUGCAAAAUAGAGUAGUUUUGGACUGAUCGAUCGAUAUUGCACUUCUCAUUUGACAAAGAAAAUGAUGCCAAAGUUACGUGCCAAAGGUUUGCUCAUUGAGGUACAGAUGUGCGUUGCGCAAGAUGAAAAGAAGCACUACUAAGAGUAUACCUAUCGAGAUAAUCUUAGCAGUACUGAACGAAGCAAACUUUUCAAGAAAGAUACAAACAAAAUUUUGCACUAAUCAAAAGUCGUACUGCUCUCAACUCUCGUGCAUCUACGACUCGUUAAUAUAAUAACGUAUAAACAUACAUAUAUCUCGUUUCAUGCUCAAUAAUCUUCUCAUUACUACGCCAGUAAAGUUGAUUUGUAUGUCUAUGUUCGUUUUAAGGUUUAGCUUGAAACGGAUCAUUGAAAAAAAAACAAACAGUAUGGAAGUAUUUUAACAAAGUACUUAUAGAUGAACUGAAAAUUCACACAUUCUAUGAGCUACCGACUUGACAAUGAUCAAAUGGGAAUGGCUAUAAAAACAAAUUAACAUUACACUCUCUAUGAAAGAAAAGUGAAAAAUAUAUAAUUUUUAUUCUAAAAAGGUAUGUCGUGUCUUACAUCCCGAUCAAAAGAAUACAACGUAAAUAAAAACACUUGCAAAUUCAUUUGCUCUCCGAAUUGAUAUCUAGAAGUUGUUAUGGUAAAAAAAUUACAAAAACAUGAAACAAGGAAAUUUCAUUGAAAUUAUUAUAAAGAGAAAUCAAAAUUUGGUCUGAGGCUAAGGUCGAAGCAUCUACGAAAACCACUGCCACAAUACUUUCUAAAUGCUUCGCGUUUAACCAACGACGCGAAGAGAUUGUCACUUUUCUACAUACAUUAUUGUUGUUAUUUAGAGAAAAAAAAAACAAUUGUAAUCUUUAUGACAUUCAGAUAAUAUAAUGAUUCUUAUUGCUUGAUAAGCACGUGAACUAUUAGAACGUAGCCUAGACUUUACAUAUUAUCGUUAUACUAAAACAUCCAUUGAUAAUUGCGCUUCGAAUCGCGCGCUCUUCAUCGAUUCUUAAAAAAAAAAAAACAAAACGAAGGACGUAAAAGUUUACAAAAAAAAUGAAUAGCGAAUCGAAUCAAAGGAUCCAGGAAAAAAUAUUACGUUACAGGAGCGUAGAUGAAUGAUUGUUAAUAAUUUCUCUAAAUGAGAAGGCCUAUGCACGCACGUUGUUGUUAUUUUGUCUUCUUUGUUUUUCGUGAGUUUUCGCAAGCACACACACAUACUUGCUGAGGAUAUCUCACACCUGACAAUGAUGAACCGCGCUAUACUCAAUGACACUAGCAAAGGUGCGAGCGACAAAUUAUGGUCUUGUAGCACCUUCAGUUCAGCCUUAAUAUUUUAGGGACGAGGAAGCAUUAUAAAUAGUAGGUAAUUAAAGAAAAAACAAAACCUAAAAAACUCCAUUUAUAGCGUACUUCUAUUAGAAAAGAAUCCAAUUACAUCAUUGAAUAUGUGUCGUGUGUACGUUUUUAUUUUUAAGCAAACUUAUUGAAAUAAUGAUAUGGCAAGCGAUAAAGAGAAAGACACGUUAAAUCGAUAAACGUUAUGACGUCGUUCUUUAUAAUAAAUAGGACAAUGACGUAUUAUGCGUAAUACGUAUAAUUGCCAUACUUAUUAUAGUCUCUCUUUUGCUGAGAUGCAUUACAUAUAUAUCGUAAACAUAAUUACGUAAAUUAAAGUCGCGCGUGAAAUCUUUUUAAACAAGCAAAAAAUAUAUACUUAACUGAAACGAAAUGAUUGCGGAAAAGUCUCAUAGAACCGAGUUUCAAUGUAUUUAUAGCCACAAAUUAAAUAUAUGUGCGUGAAAUAACGUCCUUACAAUUAAUCGAUGUCUGCGAAGCAAAGUUGACAUAUUACGUAAUGUUGAAUUAAUGAAACAGUUAUAAAAGUAAUUCUCACAGUACAGCGACUGCAUAUGAUGCACGGCAAAACUACUAUUUCUUUUUCUAUGUUUUUAUGUUUUUUUAACUUCCAUUUUUAUUCAUAAAUUUUUCAAAACGGAUAAAACAUGACUGUGGAUGCGCAAUUUUCACGUAGUGGACGACAGUUUAUUUUGUAAAAAUGAUCGGCUUGAUAUGGGUUUACGUGUUCCAUAGCAUAUUAUCGGAGAUGAAUUUUAUUGAUAGCCACUUGUUACUGUAAAAAAUCAUAAUAUUGCUGAAAGUAGUUUUUUUCACGUAUACCUUACAUAUAAAGAUAACCUUGACGAUCGUUUUUUAUCCGAAGAAAUCAAAGGAAAAAACCAAAUUAGAUCAUUGUGUAAAUACACAUUUUUUAAUUCUCGUAUUUUGAUUAACAUGUCAAUUUAAUAAGUAUAAAGGUAAACCCGUAGAUUGAUACAACUAAUGUUUAAAUCGAUUGGUUUUUUACUAGAUUCACUUCUCUAAUAAUACUUAAUGAACAAAGACGUGAGUGACCAGCUCAAGGAACAUGUAUAUUAAAGAAGUCAUGAAAAAAUACUUAAGCAAUACGUACUUAUACAUGAAAAAUAUAGAGGAGUUAAUCUUUCGUCAGAUUUACAAAAGAAAGUAUAUAAUUUCAUGUAUGGUAUACACAUAUGUAUGAGUUGGUAGGGAAAAUUAAAGAGUAUUGGUUAUUGUAUGUAUGUAUGUUACGUUUAAGAUGUAAAUUAUAGCGACGCAUCAAUUUAUGUUGCGCUUGAUUGUCCACAUAAUGUUCAUAUAUAAAUAUAUUUUGUAGUUUAAAUAUGUUAUAAUUGCUUUUGACAAUGUAUCAUAUAUUUUACAUAUACCUGAUAUAACCUUGGUGCAUUGUGUAGUUUAUAAAUAAUUAAAAAAAAAUCUGUUGACUAUUAGAGCGAUUUUAUCGAUUUAAAGUUUGAAUCGAAAGGAGGAAGGAAGUGAAAGAAUCAAGUAUAAUAAUGCACGGUUUCAAAUGUAUGAAUUAAAAGGUGAUAAAAAACGGACGGAUAUCAAAGGUGUUUAAUGAAAUUAUGUUAAAAUUAAAUAAAUUUGAAAGUGUUUUGCAAAAUGACUAUGAGAUCGUUUUACAUGUGUUACUAUAAUUGAAAGAAAUGUACAUAAAUUUAGAUAGAAAAAAAACGAUUAAAACUAUCUCUUUACAGAAAAAAUACAAAAAUUAUAGGAAAAAAACUGUCUCCGAAUGCGCUAAUAAAGCGAAAAAAUAUCGUUCUCCUGGUUAAAACAGUAUUGGUCAAAGCAGUUGCUCUGCUCCGCUGUCAGAUUUUAUUACUAUUGAUUUUCAUUUCUCCAAUGCACAAUAAACUUAUAUAGCCGCACGCAUAUGACGUGACCUAUCGAGCACAAAUUUGCCGAAAUAAGUAUCAGGAAUAUCGUGGGGAAAAAAGAGAUAGUUUACAGAUUUGGUGUUUUUGAAAAGCAUUUUAAAUACUUGUCCUUUCCCGGUUUCGCGCGAGUGAGAAACGCGCUAUUCAUAAAGUGAAAGAACAAGUGAUUUAGAAAAGGCUAUUACAUAAUAAACAAGUAAACAUAGAUAAUUAACGAGAAGAGAAAAAAAAGUCAGAAAAACUUCUAUGAAACAAAAUAGACAACAUAUGUAUGCCUGCAGGUUCGGCACAUUAAACUCGAAAAAAAAAUUUUUAAAAUUUAAAAAAAGAAGCGUAGUAUACUGCAUCAGCGACAUGUCAUCGUUUUCUCGUUAAAAACAGAAAAGUGUGAGCAUUCGUAUCUAAAUCACCUCUAGGCUGUGAGACGCGAGCUAAGCAUUCGGCAGACUUGCUCGAAACCUCAAUCAUAUGUGUCAAAUCAAGUAACUCUACGAUUUAACACUCGAGUACCUAUUACGAUUCUCACCUAAAAGUAUUCGCGAAACGAAAUCGGUUUGCCUUGAUUUCUUCCGUGUGCAAAAUAGAUUCAGAGAAACAUAUUCGUUUAUGGACAAAUGAGACGAGAUCGAGAAAAUUUUUCACACUGACGCUCAAUGUCACGCGCAUUGAUUUUUUAACGUGUACCUUUUUUCAUUGAUAAAUCCAUACCCAAACAUUUCUUUCUUAUUGCAACUCGUUUUAAAAUUUAUCGAAUGAUACAUUUAAAAAAGAACCUUUUGCAAAAUCGAUACACCACGUAACAUAGAUUUAAAAGUAUUGACGAUGGUUUUUCUCAUUCGUUUUUUUAAUAAAACAAAAUGGAAGCGUGUUAAAGCAACAGUGAAAAAUAUGGAUAAGAAGAUGUUACGAGGAAAAGAGAAAUAUAUAUAUAGAUAAAAAUAUACAUAUAUAAAUAUAAAUACAAAUUAUUAUAUUUGUAGAUAAUGAAAAAAGUCUUUAGUCAACUGAAAUAGCAAAUAGAGUCAAUGCCGUGAAAUACCCAUAAUCCUUAGUACUUAGAUAAAAAAAUACUUGUAAUUAACUUACGAAAGAUGAUUUAUGACGAAAAAAGUAUACUGCAAUUGAAAAAAAUAAAUAAACAAUCUACCUAUGACUAUAA